AUGGAUAAGAUCAAAUGUGAAAAAUUCAAGAAUUGCGUCACAGAUCUUUUGGAUUUUACGGAAAUAUCGUCAGCAAAGAAGUCAGAUAACUACAUUUUCACUUUGGAAAUAAUUCGAGUGGAGUUAGACUCAUUAUGGGACCAAGUCAAGAAGGCAUAUUCCGAGUGUCGUGAUCAUGUACCACAGGAAGGAGAAAUCACAAUCGACAAGACAAAACUCAGGACUCGUUACAGGGAAGCCAUGGAAGGUUAUAAAACUUCUUUAUGUUCACUAAACGAGGAAAUUCAGACGAUCAAGGAUAAACAAAUGGAAGAUAAAACAAAAAAGGAGUCAGGAAUAUCACCUGAAUUUACGUCAGUGUCCAGAUUACCGCCUUGCGACACAUAUACAUUCAAAGGAGGAUAUACUGAAUGGCCCACGUUCCGAGACCUCUUUUCAGCGAUAUAUAUCCAAAAUACUAAACUGAGCAAUGUUGAGAAACUCUUCCAUUUGACACAAAAGACGACAGGAGAAGCGAGAGAUAUUAUUAGACACGAUCCACUUACUAAUGAUGGUUUUGAGUUAGCGUGGAGAAAUCUUACAGAGCGAUACGAAAACAAAAGGAUGCAGGUCAACGAACAAAUAAAAAUUCUGUUUAAUUUACCCAAUGUCACCCAGUGCCAAAGCUACAGCGUACAGUAA